GUAUUGAUGCCAACAUCACAGACUGCCAGGGAAGAACAGCUCUAGAGAUCCUCAGAGAACACCCCGCACAGAAGUCCCAGCAAAUCACUGCACUCAUGCAAGAAUAUAUGAUGGAGGAGAUGAUGGACAAUAAGUGUGUGUUGAUUGAGGAACCUAUUCGCCAGUGUCCUGUCCCCACACCUCGCACCUCUAUCCCCUCUCUCUCCGCCUCCCCCUCCCUCAGGCACAAAAAUGAUGCUGUGACAGGGGAGCUCUCCAAGCUGCUGAAUGAGAUGAAGAUGUGUCGGGACAGAGACUACUCCUUUGAGGAGCUCUGCCAGACCAUCUCAUCCCACUCUCAUUCCAGGAGAGCUUUGGCAGCGGUCACCUAUCAGACGAGGAGCGACGCAGUAAUGGCACCCUGA